ACGUCAAAACAAAAGUUUCGUGCAAGUUGUUGAUACAUUGACGUGUCUUUUAGUUUUAUAAUUAAAAUAUUUUGGCAACGAAACGAAAUCUAACGCUUUGCCAUUCGUGAAUUAAAAUUAAGAUUACUGUCUCCCGUUGCGAUUUAGUUAAAAUUAGGUUUUUUAAAUAUCAAAUCCAUGCCACUUUUCGCUUCGUCGUCCAAUAAGUUAUCAUGAAUAAACGAAAGCAUGUUGAACGAAAAUCACCAAACGAAGAUGACCAGGAAGCACUGAUUAGUGAAUCGCUUUUGCCAGACAAAAAAGAUGUGCACGAUGGAACAGACAUUCGUGGAGAUCGCGGAAAUAUUGCGAUCUUAUUUUUCUUGUAUCUACUUCAGGGCGUUCCGCUCGGAUUGGCAGCAGCGAUUCCAAUGCUUCUACAGAAUAGAGGAGCCAGUUACAAGGAUCAGGCAGAAUUUAGCUUUGCUUACUGGCCGUUUAGCUUAAAAUUGCUAUGGGCUCCAAUUGUCGACUCUUGGUAUUGGUCAGCGUUCGGGAGGCGAAAAUCUUGGCUCAUUCCAACUCAGUAUUUGAUUGGUAUAUUCAUGCUGGUGCUGUCGAUGCAUGUCAAUCAAUGGUUGGGUGGCGAAGGCGCUCCCCCAAACAUACCGAUCCUCACUGGUAUAUUUUUUAUGCUAAAUUUUUUGGCAGCUACACAAGACAUUGCUGUGGACGGCUGGGCGUUAACUAUGUUGAAACGUUGCAAUGUCGGUCACGCCAGUACCUGCAACAGCGUUGGUCAAACUGCUGGAUAUUUCCUAGGAUAUGUAGUGUUCAUAGCAUUAGAAUCGGCCGAUUUUUGUAACAAAUACAUCAGGACUACACCGGUCGACGAUGGUCUAAUUACAUUACCAGGUUUUCUAUGGUUUUGGGGAUUGUGUUUUUUGGCUACGACUUCGCUCGUGGCUCUAUUGAAACGUGAAUCAACCGUGGUGACAAUAAAUGAAACUGGAGAUGUGGAAAAACAGCUAAAUAUCAAGGAAACGUAUCACCUUUUGCUCAGAAUUAUCUUGAUGAAACCAAUAAUGAUUUUAGCGGCUGUGUUGCUGACUGUCAAAGCUGGCUUUGCAGCAUGCGAUGCCGUCACAUCUUUAAAAUUAGUCGAUGCUGGAGUUCCCAAAGAUAAAUUAGCUCUAUUGGUCAUUCCGUUGGUUCCACUACAGAUAAUUUUGCCACUAAUUAUAAGCAGAUAUACAACGGGACCCAAACCGAUGGAAGUCUUUUUGAAAGCGUAUCCGUAUCGCAUCGUUUUCGGACUGAUUGCAUCAAUUAUUGUGUGGUUAACGCCGUUUGCUCUAACCAGUACCGGUGAAGUGCCGACAUACUACUAUGUGAUGCUUGUGAUUAAUUAUGGAUUUUAUCAAGUGUGUCUGUAUUCGAUGUUUGUAGCAGCAAUGGCAUUCUUUGCUAAAAUUAGUGACCCAGCGGUUGGUGGCACAUACAUGACAUUAUUGAAUACAUUAUGUAACCUAGGAGGUAAUUGGCCUUCCACUGUAGUAUUAUGGUUGGUUGAUGUGUUAACUUGGAGGAAGUGCGAUGUAAUUGAAGAUAAUCUUUGCUCCGAUAAAUCGGAGAAAGAGGUAUGCGAAUCGGACGGCGGCAAAUGUACUAUAUCAAUUGAUGGUUACUACCUCGAGUGUGGCAUUUGUCUUGUGUACGCAUUGUUAUGGUAUUUCUGGGGUAAGAGUAAAAUCAGAACGCUACAAAAACUACCGCCGAAAGCAUGGAAAAUUGUAUCGCCGAAACAGAAAGACCGUAGAAGAUAGCAAUGCGUUUAAAACAAAGGAUGAAUUUGUUUCCUGUCUUUUGGUAAUAUUUUUCUUUGGGGCGUGUGUUCAAACGUACAGAGUUCAAUUUAGAGUACCUUUUUUGUGUUAGAAAUUAGAAUGUUUCAUUCCAUCAAUUUCAGCCAUUCACUCUAAGUCUUUUAUUUUCUAAUUUAUUGCAAUUAUUUUUUUUUUGUUAUUUUUGGUAGUUUGGUUGAUGAUUAAGAGUGAUUUGAUUGAAAAACUAACAGAAUUCUUUUGAUUCUACUUAAUAUGAUUAACUUGUUCGUGCAACACGAGUCGCUGAUGAAUUUGUUAGACAAAUUUAAAAAAAAUUAUUUUCAUUAAAAAAUUAUUUGC